AAAGAAACACAACUUGGGAGGUCUUUCCACCUGAGUUCCCUGCCGCGAUCCACAGGAUGGAGCCCCCAGGAUCAGCCAGGCUCAAUUCCAGGAAACGGAGGAAAGAAGGAUCUGGACCUAACGGGGCCACGGAGACGGAUGGCGUCCCGCUGAAAAUGUCACGGCACUGCUUAGGGCUCCAGCAACCGGCUCCAUUUUCCGAUGAGAUUGAAGUGGACUACAGCAAGCCUUACGCCCGUGUAACAUUUGAGGAGGCAAUGAAAGGGACUCCGCUGGACAGACCGGUCAGGGUUUAUGCUGAUGGGAUUUUUGACCUCUUCCAUUCUGGACAUGCCCGGGCCUUGAUGCAGGCGAAAAACCUCUUCCCUAAUACAUAUCUCAUUGUCGGAGUCUGCAGCGACGAGCUGACGCACAACUUCAAGGGCUUCACAGUGAUGAACGAAGCAGAGCGCUACGACGCCGUGCAGCACUGUCGCUACGUGGACGAGGUGGUGAGGAACGCCCCAUGGACGCUCACCCCGGAGUUCUUGGCUGAGCACAGGAUUGAUUUCGUGGCCCACGACGACAUCCCAUAUUCCUCUGCCGGCAGUGACGAUGUCUAUAAACACAUAAAAGAAGCAGGAAUGUUUGCACCGACGCAGAGGACCGAAGGGAUUUCCACCUCGGACAUCAUCACCCGCAUCGUCCGAGACUACGACGUCUACGUUCGGCGGAACCUGCAGCGGGGCUACACGGCCAAAGAGCUUAACGUCAGCUUCAUCAACGAGAAGAAGUACCACCUACAAGAGCGGGUGGACAAAGUGAAGAGGAGGGUGAAGGACGUGGAAGAGAAGUCCAAGGAGUUUGUCCAGAAAGUGGAAGAGAAAAGCAUCGACUUGAUUCAGAAGUGGGAAGAGAAAUCUCGCGAGUUCAUCGGCAACUUCCUUGAGAUGUUUGGCCCCGAGGGAGCCCUGAAGCACAUGCUGAAAGAAGGGAAGGGCCGGAUGCUGCAGGCCAUCAGCCCCAAGCAGAGCCCCAGCAGCAGCCCCACCCACGAGCGCUCGCCUUCACCUUCCUUCCGCUGGCCCUUCGCGGCCAAGACGCCCCCGUCCUCCCCAGCCAGCCUCUCCCGGAACAAGUCUUCGAUCACCUACGACAUCAGUGAGGACGAAGAGGACUAGAGACUUGCCCCCGGAACGAAGCAGAUUUUUCGAAACCCUGGCGCAUAGGCGAGUCCCACCUCUAGAAAUGAAAAGAAACACAGCUCUAGAAGAGGAGCCUCCCGGAGGUUGGAUCUCCUGCUGCGUGCGGCCCAUCUCGGGGGCAGCUCUCCCCCACACACACACGAUACGGGCGGCUGUUGUCUUGGGAGGGGGGGCAGUGAGGCAACGCUGUCAUAUCCUCUCACCCCCUUCCCCACUCGCUGUUCCCCUUUUCUCAGUUAUUUUCUGUCUGUUUCUUGGGAAAAGGUGGGGAGGGGGGGCAUCCGUUCUUAUUGUGAAGCAAAUGCAAUGUUUUCCAUCUUAGCCGAUGGCAUGAAAUGAAUUGCCCAGGGUUUUAGGGGGGAAGUGGGGCAGGCUGUCAGUGCAGAGAAACCAUCCUCUGGAGGAAGCCCUUUCUGUCUCUCUGACCUCCUCCCGGAUCCUCCUCCUGUAUCAAGGUGGUAUCCUGCAAUCCUUGCAGACAGCCUCCUGCACAGCGCCCGCUAGUCUUUCUAGUCUAGGUGAAGCCGAAGUCAUAGAGGAAGCAGUCAAGAUGGGCAAGGAAGAAGGCGGUGGAUUGCCGAAGGCCGUGGAGUUCUAAAAGGCUGCAUGGGGAGGCUGAACGACGGUGGUUCCUUUGCUGUUCCGGCAUCCGUGUUCCUAGUCCUCAAGAGGCGGGAAGGAAGGAGGAGCGACUCAAACCAGUGUUUGUAGAUUUCCAUCGCGACGCUCCCGAGUUGUGUGUCUUCCUGGGUUUUCCUGUGUCCUGCCGAACAGACAAGCGCUCACUCAGUUCAUUUGGCCAACUCAUGCCGGGUGGCCGAAAGGGCUGCUGUGGCAAGUGGCUAGCUCUUUUCUUAGUUGAAAGUACCAGAAUGGGUGCUGGCUGGGCUUCUCAGAUGGGGACCGCGGUCACGUUGAGAAGGGGUCAUCUUUGUCCUUCGGCAGAGCCUCCUGCCACCUGGAACCCUCUCGGAGUAUUUAAGUACAGCCCUAGCCUUUGCCAUCCAGAAGACCCAGCCUCUGGAGGGCAUGAGGUUGGAAAUGGCCCCGGCUGGGUUUGCAGUUCCCUUAAGGCUUUAUUUUGUUUCGAACCCACUGGCCAAAGGUCAGUGAGCAGCUGACGUGGGUAUAAGUUAAAUAACUCAAAAUUGGGCAGUAGAUGACAAUGGUUGAA